AUGCUAAAACAACAACACCCAAAAGCCCAAGGCAUGCCGAAUAAUGACCCAUCAUCAGAUGGUACCUCUCGGCCAGCAGCUGUUGAUUUCAUCGACAAUCGACUGCCAAAAUACCACCCCGCCUUUGUGAAUUCUACAUCACACUAUGAUGUAGAGGACGGGAAGUAUGUUCCGAAUACUCAAGUAACAGUUUCCACGGAAAGCGGCGGCGCUAUCUCUCUGAGUAAUUCUUCCAAACAAUUAGACUACGGCAUUUCGUCUACGAGACCAAAUUGGACAAAUAUUGAGGCGUUGAAGUGUUGGAAUGAUCUCUUCCCCGCCGCGCUGAAUAGACUCAUAUCAACAUCGCAAGAGCCCAGUGGACGUUCGAAGUCAGAAUACAGCAUUCGGCAAGGCAAAAGUGAUUGGAAUGCCGUCUAUAAUGCACUUGAAAAUGCAAAAGCCAAAUAUGAGCAGUCGAACAAGGUGGCAGGAAUGUUGCGCAAGAGUAGCGAGAACAUUGCGCCUGUUGCGCAGGCCCUAAAGAUCGCUUCGAACAUGGACCCUGGUAGCCCUUAUUCAACGCCUGUCUUGGGCGCUGUGAACAUUUUCUUGGAUGCCAUGAAAACUGCUGCAAACGUCCGCCAGCAAGUUCUCGAAGAAUUCAACGAUAUCAUCCCAAAGAUUUACGACAUAGAGUUCUUUCUCGUUACAUUUCCGGAGGAUCACCAUAUCUCAAACGCAUCACUCGAUCUCACCGUUACCAUACUUCUCGCAAUUGAGCAGACCAUCGGUUUCUUCAUUAGUAAUCGCUUCCCGCGUGAGAAGUUGUGCGUGGUGUUAAAGCCAUGGGUAUGGGAGCCAGCUACGAAACAGAUCUACUGA